CGUCAGGUGAACAAGAGUCCCGAGUAGAAGUCGAAAGUGAAAGAAAGCUGAAAGAAAACGCAAAUAGAAACCCGAAACUCGCGUCGAAUAUUGACAAACAAUUGCAAGUUGUUGGAGUGUGUGUGUUUAAAGUGCAGAACGAACAUUGUCCAGCCCACCAUGUACGCCCCUUCAUUAAAAGUCUUGGGCAUUGGCGGUCUAUUGUUGUUGGCCCUAACCCUGCUGCUGGCGGUGCCACCAAGCCAAGCGCGUCCCAUGGAUCUGUAUGACGAUGUGAGUGACUUUUUUGACGCCAUCUCACUGGACGAGGUAGCCAACACCGGUCGCAAUACGCAUCCCGAGCAGUUCUGUCUGAUGCCAGCACGCAAGGGCGUCUGUCGGGCCCUUAUACCGCGCUGGCGCUACGAUCCGGAGCAGAAGAAGUGCGUCGAGUUCAAAUUCGGCGGCUGUGAUGGCAAUGAAAACAACUUCCCCAGCUACAAGCAGUGCAUGGCCACCUGCGAAGGCAUGUAGGUUGUGGAGAAUCCUCUGCUGAUCGACCUCGUUGAGGGUCCAGCGUUGCCAAAGGCGCGUGUUUUUCCCAGACCCUUCCACUGGAGCUGGGAAGGCAGCAUUUACAUUUACGCCCAUCACAAUCAUAUAAUUAUAAAUACCGAUUUUUUUACAAAAUAAUAUUUAUACAGUUUUGUAAUGUCAUUCAUCAUAUGGUUUAGUUUCUAAGGCGCACAGCUGUACUUACUGUGGUGUU